AAACAAGGAACAGCUUCUCCAUCAGUCAAGGCUAUCAUCUCUUGGUUAUUAAAGCUGAUAGAGUCACUUAACGCACGUCUACCUGAAAGGAUAUUCAACCAUCAUCUUGGCCGGUCUUUGUCAAAGAAUCUUUUUGCCUAACCGACCUAAACAAUCCGAGACCUAAUUGAGACGUCUACAAGCGGUGUCACAUCAUACAUCAUCGACUUCAUCCUACCUUCUUCCAUCUCCAACAGAGAAUCAUCACCUCGACAGUCACAGACUCACAUCAAAAUGGACACCUCAGCUCCCUCCACAUCAGCCACCAACAACACCGCCAACCCCCCCAGCAUCGAACUAGCCUACAAGAAGAAAUGCAUCCAAUUGAAAAAACGUCUCAACGAAAUCGAAGCGGAAAACGACCUGAUUCGCGCACGCAACAAACGCGCGAAAUAUUACGUCGCAAAAAUGCGUCUUGAGACUUGUAUUAUGCUUGAACGAUUGGCGACUGUGACGGGAAUGUUGGAUGAAGCUGGUGCAGCAGCAGCAGCGGGAAAUGCUGCUGGGGGUCAACAUCCGGGUGCGGGUGCAGGAUUAAUUAGUGCUGAGUUGAGAGCAAAAGCAGCUGCGAUUGUGACAAGUGCGCAUGCGCAAAAUAAGCAGAGCAUGAUGGAUGAUGAGACGGAGGGUAGUUCGGAGGAGCAGCCUCCUACGCCGCAAGAACGACCCCUCCGCGUAAAACGAAGUCGCAAAUCAAACAUCGCAUUUGAAGAAAUCGAAGCCGAGGCCGCAAUGCAAUACGAGGCUAGUAGUCCGGAACAUAGAGCUAACGACUCCAGCUAUAACAACAACAAUCUCGACGUCGACAGCGGCAGAAAUAUUGGUACCGGCGAUGAACACCAUGACGAUGAUAUCAAUGAUAGGACUCCAUCUCAGGGAGUGGAUAGGGAGAGAUCAGCUCUUGCUACCGGCGGUCCUGGAGGGGAGGAUAGACAGUUCUCUGGAUUUCGGGCUGUGAAUAGUAGGGUUGAUAGUCAAGGUGGGGUGCCGAUGGAUGUUGAUGAAAAGCCAAGGAGUGAGAGUUAGGUUUGAUUUAUAUAUGCGAGUUACUUUUGGGGUUUAUGGGUCUGUUUCUAUUCCUUUGAUAUCAACUGUUAGUUAUGAACACGGCUAGAAUGGUGUUGGGAUGGUUGUACAAUACUGUUUUUACUGUUAUAGGUCAUGGGCUUUAUGGCCUAGCUUCGAACUCCAUAUUUGUUGAGGUUGUC